AUGGACAGGGCUCAACUUGAACCAUUACUAUUGCCUGAUUUAAAGGAGACUGGUAAAGAGUUAGGUCGUGGAGCUUAUGGUGUUGUUACUGAAGUAAUAGUUAGUGGAACAACCUGUGCUGCUAAGAAGCUUCAUGAUGCUAUUGUACAGGAGGACACUUUGAGAAGAUUUGGUGAUGAGGUGCUUCUUCACAGUCAGCAGAGGCAUCCUAACAUUGUCCAGUUAAUUGGUGUCUAUUAUCCUCCUCAUUCACAAUUACCAAUGUUAGUAAUGGAGUAUCUUCCUUUAUCACUCACACAAUGUCUGGAGAGAGCGGAAGAGCUACCACUUCAAAUGAAGUAUUCUAUUCUUCUUGAUGUUGCUAAGGGUUUGUGUUAUCUUCAUGGUAAACGUCCUCCUAUUGUACAUCGUGACCUCACUGCUAAUAACGUGUUACUCACCUCUUCAUACUCAGCUAAGAUAUCAGAUCUAGGAGUAUCAAGGUUAGCUGAUACCUUUAAAGACCUCACUAAAGCACCUGGUAAUGCUAUUGUAAUGCCACCAGAAGCUCUUAAAGAUAAUCCGGUAUAUGAUCACAAGUUAGAUGUAUUCUCUUAUGGUUGUCUCAUUCUUCAUGUACUUACUGGUCAAUUCCCUGAACCAACAAACCAGUUUGUACGUAUACCUGGCAAAGAGCACUUCAUGAGAGUACCAGAAUGGAAAAGAAGAUCAAACUACAUUGAAGAUAUACCAAAAGAGAAUGAGCUCCUUUCUUUAGCAAGGGAUUGUCUCAAUGAUGUUCCUACUGAUAGACCAGAAAUGAUUGAGUCGUAUCCAAAGGUAGAGAAAGCUCUAUCAAAAUAUCCAAAAAUGAAAAGCAGGUUAGUAGUAGAAAAAGAGCUAAAGGAUGCAGUUCGAGAAAAAGAGAAAAUGGAGGAAAAGCUAGUUCAAGAGAGAGAAGAAGCAGAGAGAAAUAAUCAAGAAAUAAAUGAUGAGAAUGCUGCUAGUAAAAGAGAAAAUGAAAUUUUGAAGAAUGAAAACGAACACUUUAAAGCAGACUUAAGAGCUAUGUCAUCACGAAUCACAAGGUUAGAAAAUGCUCUUUUAUUAAUGGAAAAGGAAUUCAAAGAUUGCACUGAAGUACUAAAGGAAACCAUUAGAAGCAAAGAUGAACAACUAGCUAAACAAGAACAAGACAACAUGAAACUACUGGAGGAAAAAGAAAUGGAUUUAAAGGCUAAGCAUGUAAAAGAACUUUCUGAAACAAAAUUAGAUUUUGAAUCGAAGCUAUAUGAAAUAAAGAAAGAGCAUAAAGCAAAAAUGUUGGCUACAACAAAAGAUUAUGAAAAGCAAUUGUCUGUCUGUCGUGAAGAAUGCAAGGAAAGAGUAGCAAAAGUAGCAAAGGAGUUCACAUCGAAAACAAGUGAAACACUUGAAAGUGCAGUGAUAUCAAAAAAUGAAUUGCUAUCAUCUUUUCAGUCUGCACCAUUGGCUAGCAUUCCUUCGUGUAAAGCUCAAGUGGAAAUCGUCUUACCUUACUUGAGGUUUAAAGAUGAGAAAAUUGACGAAUGGUGCCUUGUUGACACAAAUUGGUUCAGUAAAUGGAAGAAAUACAUUGGACUUACCCUCAAACCUGACUGUCCUGCCAGUGCUGGUAAAACAGGUCCUCAUCCAGGACCAGUUAAUAAUGCUUGCUUAUUUAAAA